CGCGGGUUAUUGCAACGGUCGACCAUCGUAGUCCGUGUUUCAAAACUCCGGAAAACACUACGGAGACGGGGUCGGAGAAGCAGCUGCAUAAUCGUAGUGGGAAAAGCAACAAAUACAAGAGAGAGAGAGAGAGAGAGAGAGAGAGAAGUGGAUUUGAUUCGUGAUUUGUGAUUUGUGAUUUGUGAUUUGUGAUUUGUGAUUUGUGAUUUGUGAUUGAUCAGACGAGGAUCGUGAUGUGGAAAUUGGGGCGCAGCGCGUGGAAUCUGAGGCAGGUCCGGAGUUUCUCAGCGGCGGUUUCGGGGCCCUGCAUCGUUCACAAGCGCGGCACCGAUAUCCUCCAUGAUCCGUGGUACAACAAGGAUACUGGUUUUCCCUUGACGGAAAGAGAUCGGCUUGGGCUCCGUGGCCUCCUUCCACCUCGUGUUAUAUCGUUUGAGCAGCAGUACGAACGUUUUAUGAACUCGUAUCGAUCGCUGGAGCACAAUACUCGAGGUGAAUCUAAUUCUAUUGUUUCUUUAGCAAAAUGGAGGAUCCUAAAUAGAUUACAUGACAGAAAUGAGACAUUGUACUACAGGGUACUAAUUGACAAUAUCAAAGAUUUUGCUCCAAUAAUUUAUACUCCAACUGUUGGUUUAGUCUGUCAAAACUAUGGAGGUCUAUACAGACGUCCACGUGGCAUGUAUUUCAGUGCAAAGGAUAAAGGAGAGAUGAUGUCUAUGAUUUAUAAUUGGCCAUCACACCAUGUAGACAUGAUAGUGGUGACAGAUGGGAGCCGUAUUCUAGGCCUUGGUGAUCUUGGAGUUCAGGGUAUAGGAAUACCCAUUGGUAAACUUGACAUAUAUGUUGCAGCUGCUGGGAUUAAUCCCCAAAGAGUCCUUCCAGUUAUGCUCGAUGUUGGGACCAACAAUCAAAAGCUUCUUCAAGAUAAUCUUUAUCUAGGAUUACGACAGCCUAGGCUGGAGGGGGAUGAAUAUUUAUCUAUUGUCGAUGAAUUCAUGGAAGCAGCACAUUCCCGUUGGCCAAAGGCAGUUAUUCAGUUUGAAGACUUUCAAAUGAAGUGGGCAUUUGAAACACUUCAAAGAUACCGCAAAAGAUUUUGCAUGUUUAACGAUGACAUACAGGGAACGGCCGGUGUUGCACUAGCUGGACUACUUGGAGCUGUAAGAGCACAAGGUCGACCACUCAACGAUUUUGUAAAGCAGAAGAUUGUCGUAGUAGGAGCUGGAAGUGCAGGGAUAGGGGUGCUUAAGACGGCUAAGCAGAUGGUCACGAAAAUGCUUGGAAGCGACGAAAGCGCGGAAGUUCAAUGUCAGUUUUGGCUGCUCGAUAAAGAUGGUCUUGUCACCAAAGCUAGAAACAGCCUUGAUCCUGCAGUGGCUCCUUUUGCUAGAGGUUUGGGUCCAGGAGAGGUUGAAGGACUCCAUGAAGGGGCUUCUCUGCUUGAAGUGGUAAAGAAAGUGAAGCCUCAUGUGCUUUUAGGCUUGUCUGGUGUUGGGGGAAUAUUUAAUGCAGAGGUGCUUAAGGCUAUGAGAGAAUCUGAUUGCCCACGGCCUGCAAUAUUCCCCAUGUCAAAUCCGACAACUAAUGCUGAAUGCACUCCUGAGGAUGUAUUCAAAUAUGUUGGAGAAAAUGCAAUUUUUGCUAGUGGAAGCCCUUUCAAUGAUGUUCCUUUGGGAGAGGGAAAAAUAGGAUAUGUCAAUCAAGCAAAUAACAUGUACCUAUUUCCUGGAAUUGGCCUAGGAGCUCUUCUUUCAGGUGCUCGACACAUUUCGGAUGGGAUGCUUCAAGCUGCAGCUGAGUGCCUUGCGUCAUACAUGACGGAUGAUCAGAUCCAAAAAGGAAUUCUCUUUCCUUCAAUAUCAAGCAUUAGGCUUAUUACAACACGGGUUGGAGCAGCUGUUGUCCGUGCAGCUAUUGCAGAGGAUCUUGCUGAAGGACACGGUGAUGUGGAUCUAAAGCAGUUGACAAACAUGUCAGAGUUGGAUACAAUGGACUAUGUAGCUCGCAAUAUGUGGUACCCCAUCUACAGCCCGCUCGUCCACGAGAAAUAAAGAGCGCAUUUCAACUGGUUUUACGAUUUAUUUCUCCUAUGUACAAUUUGUUGCUGAAGUUUUCAGGAACAGUAGAACAUGUUUAAGUUAUCAAAGGAUUAACACAUCUACUUUAUGAAAGCAUUUUUUUUCGCCUUACUGCCAUUCCAAUGAAGGAAACAGUAACGAGCAAACAUUAUACAUUUUUGUACGCAAAUGUAUCAAAUCUGGAGAGCAGAGCAUAAUCUAUUUGUUUUCUCUCCAUUAUAGCUGAAUUGUUUGUUCAAUUUCAGAAAUUAGAUACAAUAUGAGUGGACCAAACAAUUGAAGGUGA